GUGAUGUCUCAGGAAGGCAAUUAUGGGAGGUGGACAAUAUCCAGUAGCGAUGAAAGUGAAGAGGAAAAGCCAAAACUGGAUAAGCCAUCUUCCUCUUUUCUCCCCCGUGCUGGGCAGAGAGCAGCAAAUGAGCCAAGGUACACCUGUUCCGAAGCUCGGAAAGCCGCCCACAGGAGGAAGCUGUCACCCGUGAAAUUCAGCAACACAGAUUCAGCUUCAGAAGUUUUGCCUCCCAAGAGGCUCAAGAGUGGUUCCCAGGAAGACCUAGGUUGGUGUCUCUCCAGCAGUGAUGAUGAGCUGCAACCAAAAAAGCAACAGAAGCAGACAAAGAAAGUGGCAGUCAAAGAGGAGGAAGGCAUCUCUUCUCCCAGAGAUGGUGCUGCCCAGAGAACUGGAAAUCCUGGUCCUCCCGCCAGCCGCAGGCUUGAAGAGGAAGACGAUGAAUAUGAGACGUCAGGAGAAGCCCAGGACAUUUGGGACAUGUUGGAUAAAGGGAACCCCUUCCAAUUUUACCUCACUAGAGUCUCGGGAAUUAAGCCAAAGUAUAACUGCAGAGCCCUCCACAUCAAGGAUAUCUUAUCUCCUCUGUUUGGGACACUUAUUUCUUCAGCUCAGUUUAACUACUGCUUUGACGUGGACUGGCUCGUAAAACAGUAUCCACGAGAGUUCAGGAAGAAACCAAUCCUGCUUGUGCAUGGCGAUAAACGAGAAGCUAAAGCCGACUUAUAUGCCCAGGCAAAGCCUUAUGAAAACAUUUCCCUCUGCCAGGCAAAGUUGGAUAUUGCAUUUGGGACACACCACACGAAAAUGAUGCUACUGCUGUACGAAGAAGGCCUCCGGGUGGUCAUACACACCUCCAACCUCAUCCAUGCUGACUGGCACCAGAAGACGCAAGGAAUAUGGGUGAGCCCCUUGUACCCACGAAUUGUCCAUGGAACCGACAGCUCUGGAGAAUCAACAACACAUUUUAAAGCUGAUCUCAUCAGCUACUUGAUGGCUUAUAAUGCUCCUCCCCUCAAGGAGUGGAUAGAUAUCAUCCAAGAGCAUGAUCUCUCUGAAACGAAUGUUUACCUCAUUGGAUCAACCCCAGGACGCUUUCAAGGAAGUCAAAAAGAUAAUUGGGGACAUUUUAGGCUUAGGAAGCUUCUGAAAGAACAUGCCUCCUCCAUACCCAAAGCAGAGUCUUGGCCAAUAGUAGGACAGUUUUCAAGUAUUGGCUCCAUGGGCUCUGACGAAUCCAAAUGGUUGUGUUCUGAGUUUAAAGAGAGCUUGGUGACAUUGGGGAAGGAAAGCAAGACCCCAGGGAAGGGUGUUGUUCCCCUUCAUUUGAUCUAUCCUUCUGUGGAAAAUGUGCGGACAAGUUUAGAAGGAUAUCCAGCUGGGGGCUCUCUUCCCUAUGGCAUCCAGACAGCAGAAAAACAGAAUUGGCUCCAUUCCUAUUUUCACAAAUGGUCAGCUGAGACAUCUGGCCGCAGCAACGCCAUGCCACAUAUUAAGACGUAUAUGAGGCCCUCUCCAGACUUCAGUCAAAUUGCUUGGUUCCUUGUCACAAGCGCGAAUCUGUCCAAGGCAGCCUGGGGAGCGUUAGAGAAAAAUGGCGCCCAGCUGAUGAUCCGCUCCUACGAGCUUGGGGUCCUUUUCCUUCCUUCAGCAUUUGGCCUGGACAGCUUCAAAGUGAAACAGAAAUUCUUCUCAGGCAACCAGGAGCCAACAGCCUCCUUUCCUGUGCCGUAUGAUCUGCCUCCAGAACUGUAUGGAAGUAAAGAUCGGCCCUGGAUUUGGAACAUUCCUUAUAUGAAAGCACCAGAUACACAUGGGAACAUGUGGGUUCCCUCCUGAGAAUCUUAAAGCACUGUGAAAUUUAUGUGUAAGACGUUGAGCCAUGAACAUUGGAUGUUUUUGUUUGUACUGGAUGUUCACUUCCCUUAAAGUUUUAUCUGCACCCUUAUGAAACUCUUUGCAGAGGUCAAUUUUUGAACAUGGAUGUUGGUUAUACUUUUUAAUGGUCGUUAUUAACAUUUCUCACUAA